AUGCCCUCGCUGCUGAUCAACAUAACGGUGGUGGUGGUGUCUACGCUCAUCUGGUUGGUGAUCUUCAAAAAUAAAAUCAUAGGGUUGAUUGGAUCAUAUAUGCUACAUCCACCUGAGGACUUUAUAACACGUAUCAGAAACUUUUUAUUGGAUACCGCUCAUGAUGAGAAGAGGGUUUCAACGCUAGAUUUCGGUUGGAGACAUGGAUCUGUGAGACGUCAGCUUAUCUUGGCAGCAAAGAGACCUGACGAAUAUUCUAAUUAUGACUUUAAAAACAAAAUUCAGAUAGCAUCCAGUGACAGGAAUGAUAGCGAACAGUUCAUCAAUGGAAUUUUGGGUAAAUCUAGAAAUCCAUCUAGAUGUUUAUUUGGAUUCUUCCAUCCUUAUUGUAACGCUGGUGGUGGCGGUGAAAAGGUUCUUUGGAAAGCUGUUGAAACUACACUACUAAAUUCGCCCAACAAUAUUGCCCUUGUAUAUACUGGUGAUACUGACACUACUUCGGAUAAGAUAUUCUCAAAUGUUAUGAACAGAUUUGAUUACGACUUAGACCGCAGCAGAAUCGUGUUCAUAUUUUUAAAAAACCGCCGUUGGGUGGAUAGUGCUUCAUGGCCUAGAUUUACCCUCAUGGGUCAAGCCCUUGGCUCCAUAAUCCUAUCUCUAGAAGCAGCAUCUUAUUGCCCCCCAGAUGUGUGGUGUGAUACUAUGGGCUACCCCUUUGGAUAUCCGUUCAUUCAUUGGCUGUUCCGUAUACCAAUUGUUACUUACACACAUUAUCCCGUGAUCUCAACUGAUAUGUUAGACAAAAUAAGACUGAUGCCAGGAUUCAAAACCAACCUUAAGCUUCAAUUAAAAUACGUUUAUUGGAAGCUUUUCAUGCUUACUUAUAGAUUUGUCGGGUCUUAUGUGAAUUUCGCUAUAACUAACUCAACUUGGACCUAUAAUCAUAUACGUUCUAUAUGGACUUUGAACAGUUCAAUUAAAACGAUAUAUCCCCCUUGCUCUACGGAGAAAUUAGUUAUGGAUGACGAGUCUUCAGAUCAAUGGACCAGAAAGAAUCAAGCGGUCGUGAUUGCUCAAUUCAGACCUGAGAAGCGUCAUGAGUUGAUAAUAAGGUCAUUUGCAAGAUUUAUUGAUGAUAAUCCAACCAUAAAUCAUAUGAAUUUAAUACUCAUUGGAUCCACUAGAAAUCAAGAAGAUCGAGAUUAUGUAGAACACUUACAACAAUUAGCAUUUGGGGAUUUACAAAUUCCUCCCGAUAAACUUCAAUUUAAAACUAACUGCACAUAUGAUGAAAUGAAAUUAUACCUUCACGAGUCAUCUUUUGGUAUCAAUGCUAUGUGGAAUGAACAUUUCGGCAUAGCUGUUGUUGAAUAUGCUGCAUCAGGACUUAUCACAUUAGGUCAUGCUUCAGCAGGCCCACUAUUGGAUAUCAUUAUCCCCUGGGACGUCAUUGGUAAUCGGCAGCCAGCAGUAGCAACAGAAGAGAACAAUACUGGAUUUUUCUUUAAAGAUACAACAGAUCCAGAUUAUAUGACUGCAGACUCUAAUUUAUAUCCCACUUUGGAUAAUUUAUUUUUAUCCGCUAACAAUUUACCCAACCAACAGAGGUUAGAAAUAUCUCGACGUGCUAGAAAAUGUGUUUUAAAUAAGUUUUCUGAUGCUAAUUUUGCCAAGAAUUGGAAUCAUCUAUUAAAUGAUAUCUCUACAUUAGUUACUGAAUAUCAGCACCAUGACAUAUAA